AGGUCUUGAAUUUGAGCACUGGAAAGCUGCAAAAGAAAGCUGAAUUUUAUAAAGGGGGGGUGAAGGACAGGGAGGAAUCCACAUGAGGAUGGGGACAUGCAGAAUGGCUUCUUGUUUCCCCCAAGGAAGGCAAGCACCAUAAAAGUACUUCUACUGGAGAGGAAAGCAGAAGAUUUGGGAACCCCCUCUUAAAACCUGCUUUGAGGUCUUGUGUGUUGGAUAACUCAAAUCUAGGGAGACAGCUGAAGGCCAGAAGCUCCUGUACUCUAGGUAUGUCCAAAUGACAGUAUAAAUGUUUCAUCAAGAAAAGAAAAGGAAGGUGAAAACAGGAAUGAUGAAAAGGAAACAGACAAUGCAGCAAAGGGAAAGAUGCGAGAGAAACCAUUGUGUCAGUUUCACACACCAGGGAUCAGCCCCUCUGGAGAAGGCGGCAAGCCCUGAAGCGAAUCUGAGCGGGAAGCCACUCUAUGGAUUGUUUCAGUAUAAUCAGAACAUGAUUGGGCUGGAAUCAUUACCCGAUCCCUCAGAUACCUGGGACAUUAUUGAGACCAUUGGAAAGGGAACGUAUGGGAAAGUCUAUAAAGUUACUAAUAAGAAGGAUGGCAGCUUGGCAGCAGUGAAGAUUCUGGAUCCUAUCAGUGAUGUGGAUGAAGAAAUUGAAGCAGAAUACAACAUCUUACAAUUCCUUCCUAAUCAUCCCAACGUUGUUAAAUUCUAUGGAAUGUUUUACAAAGCAGAUCAAUAUGUGGGCGGGCAGCUGUGGCUUGUUCUUGAGCUGUGCAACGGAGGUUCUGUCACAGACCUUGUCAAAGGCUUGCUGAAGUGUGGCCAACAGUUGGACGAAGCUAUAAUCUCGUACAUCUUAUACGGCGCUCUCCUGGGUCUUCAGCACUUACACAACAACCGGAUCAUUCACCGUGACGUCAAGGGGAACAACAUUCUCCUGACGACAGAAGGAGGAGUCAAGCUUGUUGACUUUGGUGUUUCUGCACAGCUUACCAGCACGAGGCUGAGGAGAAACACAUCAGUUGGAACACCAUUUUGGAUGGCUCCUGAGGUCAUUGCUUGUGAACAGCAGUAUGACUACUCCUAUGAUGCUCGCUGCGACGUUUGGUCUCUUGGGAUCACAGCCAUUGAACUGGGUGAUGGGGAUCCACCUUUAUUCGACAUGCAUCCAGUGAAAACACUUUUCAAGAUCCCAAGGAACCCUCCUCCUACUUUGUUUCAGCCAGAAAAUUGGUCUAGAGGAUUCAACCACUUCAUUUCCCAGUGCCUAAUCAAGGACUUCGAAAAACGCCCAUCUGUCACUCACCUUUUAGAACAUCCUUUCAUAAGGCAGGUCCAUGGCAGAGACAUGGCACUCCAAAAACAGCUGGCAGAUCUCAUUCAAGCACAACAACAUUUAGGCUCCGUAGCCAAGACAAGGCACGAGCGAAUACACACUCGAAGACCAUAUCGUGUUGAUGCAUCUGACAAAUAUUCUCCAGAUGAUGAUCUGGUAAACCUUGAAGUCCUGGAUGAGGAGACAAUUAUUCAUCAGUUGCAGAAGCGCUAUGCAGACUUACAAAUUUAUACUUACGUUGGAGAUAUCUUAAUAGCCUUAAACCCCUUCCAGAAUCUCAGCAUAUAUUCUCCACAGUUCUCCAAGCUUUACCACGGCGUGAAGCGCUCCUCAAACCCACCCCACAUAUUUGCCUCUGCAGACGCUGCUUAUCAAGGCAUGAUAACUUUCAACAAAGACCAGUGCAUUAUCAUCAGUGGAGAGAGCGGUGCUGGGAAGACCGAAAGUGCCCAUCUCAUUGUGCAGCAUUUGACCUUCUUGGGAAAGGCUAGCAAUCGUGCUUUGCGGGAGAAGAUUCUCCAGGUGAACCCCCUGGUUGAAGCCUUUGGAAAUGCCUGCACUGCCAUCAAUGACAACUCCAGCCGUUUUGGGAAAUACCUGGAAAUGAUGUUUACACCAACAGGAGCUGUGAUGGGAGCAAAGAUUUCCGAAUAUCUACUGGAAAAAUCCAGAGUUAUAAAACAAGCUGUAGGGGAGAAAAACUUCCACAUAUUUUAUUAUAUAUAUGCUGGCCUUUAUCACCAGAAAAAACUCUUUGAAUAUAACCUGCCUGAGAAAAAGCCUCCCAGGUACAUUGAUAACGACACAGGAAGGGUGAUGCAUGACAUUAUAAGUAAAGAAUCCUAUGGGACACAGUUUGAAGCAAUCCAGCAUUGUUUUAGGAUCAUAGGGUUUACGGAUGAGGAAGUGCACUCAGUGUAUCGAAUUCUGGCUGGGAUCUUAAAUACAGGAAAUAUUGAAUUUGCUGCCAUUUCCUCACAACAUCAAACCGAUAAAAGCGAAGUGCCCAAUGCCGAAGCCUUAGAUAAUGCCGCGGCCCUGUUGAGCAUUGGCUCAGAGGAACUUCAGGAAGCGCUCACCUCUCAUUGCGUUGUGACACGAGGCGAGACUAUUAUCCGGACAAACACGGUAGACAAAGCAGCCGAUGUGCGAGAUGCCAUGUCAAAGGCACUUUAUGGCCGACUCUUCAGCUGGAUCGUAAAUCGCAUAAAUACCCUGCUGCAGCCUGAUAAAAAUAUAUGCAAUGCAGAAAGUGGAAUGAAUGUUGGUAUACUGGAUAUUUUCGGAUUUGAGAACUUCACAAGAAACUCCUUUGAACAGCUGUGCAUAAACAUUGCAAAUGAGCAGAUCCAGUUUUAUUUCAAUCAACACAUCUUUGCACUUGAGCAGAUGGAAUAUCAGAAUGAAGGAAUUGAUGCUCCUAUAGUUGACUAUGAAGACAACAGGCCACUCCUGGACACAUUCCUUCAGAAACCAAUGGGGCUACUUUCUCUGCUUGAUGAAGAAAGCCGGUUUCCCCAGGCAACAGACCUUACUUUAGUUGAUAAAUUUGAAGAUAAUUUACGAUGCAAGUACUUCUGGAGACCCAAGCGAGUGGAGCUGUGUUUUGGCAUUCAACACUAUGCCGGAAAGGUGCAGUACGAUGCUUAUGGCUUCCUUGAGAAGAACAGAGACACUCUCCCUGCUGACAUAGUGGUGGUACUGAGGACCUCAGAGAACAAACUUCUCCAGCAGCUCUUUUCAAGUCCUUUAACCAAAACAGGCAACUUGGCUCAGGCGAGAGCUAGAGUGACAGCGGCGUCCAGGUCUUUGCCUCCGCAGCUCAGUGCUGGUCGUAUCAAGGUGGACACCAUGGAGAUUAUGAGGCACCCUGAGGAAACAACUAACAUGAAGAGGCAAACUGUGGCUUCCUAUUUCAGGUAUUCUCUGAUGGAUCUGUUGUCCAAAAUGGUGAUUGGGCAGCCUCAUUUUGUUCGCUGCAUUAAACCCAACGAUGACCGAGAGGCACUGAGAUUUUCUCAAGAAAGAGUUUUAGUGCAGCUGCGGUACACUGGCAUCCUAGAGACGAUCAACAUACGCCGGCAAGGGUAUUCCCACCGCAUUCUCUUUGAUGAGUUUGUAAAAAGGUAUUAUUACAUUGCUUUCAAAGCACAUGAGACUCCUCUGCCCAGCAAAGAAAGCUGUGUUGCUAUUCUGCAGAAAGCCAAGCUGGAGAAAUGGGCUCUCGGGAAAACAAAGGUUUUCUUGAAGUAUUACCAUGUUGAACAACUGAACUUGUUUCUGCGUGAAGUUAUAGGCAGGGUGGUGACCAUGCAGGCUUAUACCAAAGGGUGGCUUGGAGCUAGGAGGUACAAGAAACUCAAAGAGAAAAGAACAAACAGUGCCAUUGCCAUUCAGUCAGCCUGGAGAGGAUAUGAUGCACGCAGGAAGUUCAAGGAUAUAAAGAACAGAAGAACUGAUGCUGCUAUUCAUAUUCAAGCAGCUUUCAGGGGAUACUUAGCUCGCAAAAAAUACAUCAGAAUGAAGAAGAACAGUGGCUGCCCAUCGAAUACACAGCCCAUGAGCGUUGCUUCUGGUCUGAGUUGUGAAGAAUACUGGCAGCAAAGCAACAGCGUAAGUUCUCCUACAGAGCUGGAUUUUCUCAACAAACAAACAAGCAAGGGUUCAGCUGACACUUCGGCACCAGUGAUUGUCCUAAGACAUUCAGACCAAAUGAAGACUUUGCAGCCCACCAGCCAGUCCAACUCAGUGACAGAUCACAAGUUGUCUUGUCCACUGAGGUCGCAUGAAACACAAGGUUCCCCAAGCUGCCUCGAACAGAAGCUCAAAACGCCCCGUCGAAGGUGUCAGCAGCCUAAAGUGCUGAAUAGCCCCGAGGACAACGUUUAUUAUAACCAGUUAAAUGGAACUCUAGAAUAUCAAGGGAGCAAGAGGAAGCCAAGAAAACUUGGGCAAAUAAAAGUGCUUGAUUGGGAGGAUGAGUAUUACAAAUCAUUGUCAGCCGCAGAUUCCAUCACAGAGGAGGAAAACACAUUCCAAGCUUUUCCUUCUUCCAGAGGAGUGUCCUUUCGGAGCUGAACUUUUACCACUUAACUCUUUUGGUGCAAU